GUUUGCGAGUCAAACUGGUAUUUUCAGAUUUGUACGAAUUUUCGUUAUGAUUAUGUUUCAAACUUCCGUUUUGGAUUUGUACGAAUUUCCAUCGAUUUUCUCGUACGGGAAUUCGAGGUUAUGUAUGGGGAUUGGACAGCGAUGGAACAUCUCCUGACGGCAAUUAGGUAAAAGGUAAUUUUAUAAUUUUUGUUACUUGUAGUAAUAUUUGGGUUAUAAUUGAACAGAUAUGAGGCGAGGUGCACGUGCUCCCGUGCCGAGACGUGGUGCAGGACGACCACGCAAGAGGAUGUUGGAGUCCCUGGCAGUAGAGUCGCCCGAGACGUUUGCUGGAGUUGAGCCUGCCGGUCAGGAACAAAACUCCGCAUGGUACUGCGGGCGCGUCGGGCUCUCAGACUCCGAUGGUUUCAGAGGUAACUACCCCGACCGUAUCCGUCGUACCCACUCCUACCGUAUUUAUGGUACCACCAACGGUACCACUGGCAUACCCGGCACCACCACCAUUAGUGCCUACGGUAUACCAGGCACCACUGCCAUCGGUGCCCACUGCAUACGCGACACCCGCACCAGCAGUAGCAGUUGCUCCACCUCCGGUACCACCACCCACCGUACCUCCUGCCGCGCCCACCUAUGCUGACCCUGCAGUGCCACCAAUGACACCUGCCUCAGUCUAUACAGCAGCACCAGGGAUGCCUCCCCCGGCCUAUGCAGCGGUACCACCUGUUAUACCAGCUCCAGUGGUUCCGUCAGUUCCUGCAGCCGUCCUUACUCACCUCACUGAUAUAGUCACGGCAUGAGCUCGGAUCCCAGAUUUGGUAGAGUCGAUGAAAAGUCGAUUCACCCUCUUCCACGGAGAGACCGAUUCGAGUGUGGCCCAGUCCUGGAUAGAGACCAUGGAGCGGACCUUCUUCUACAUGACUUGCUCCGAGUGGGAGAAAGCAGAGCUGGCUGCUUUCCAUUUACGGGACGAGGCCGAUAUCUGGUGGGAUACGCAGUGCUCCAUCCUGGGCGAGCAGAACAUCACCUGGGCAAGAUUCAGAGAGACUUUUGAGAGCUGGUACUUGUCACGAGCAUAUCAGAUGACUCGUCAAUAGGAUUUUCUGAACCUUCAGCAGAACAAUCGCACCGUGACAGAGUACAAUGCUAAGUUUAAUCGGUUGGCCAGGCUUUGUCCAGAAUUAGCUGAGGACAGAUCCCGCAUGCUACAGUUUGUCCAGGGAUUGGAUGGACAUCUACAAGUAAAACUUAUCGGUUUUGGGAGUUCAUCCUAUUUAGAGACGUUGGACAGAGUCCUUAUGAUUGAGUCAGCUCAGCAGAGAGCAUUUCCGGAUAGGAAAAGGAAGAAGAUGGGUUAGACAUCAGGACAGAUCCAGCAAGCACAAGCGACUAGACAACAGCAGAGUGGUCGCAGUCAUCCAGGUCAGGAUACUUCUGGGGUUUCUGGUCAGCCUCAGAAGUCAGGGCAAUCUUCAUCAGGGCGUUCCCGGUCUUCUCAACAGAACCGGAAAUAGUCCGCCAACGACACCCACUGCACCAGAUGUGGGUCUAGAGACCACGUCAUCAUAGCCUGCUCCUUGGGACAGUCGGUUUGCUAUUAUUGCAAACUGCCCGAGCACCUGAGCCGAGAUUGUUCGCUGAAUGCUCAGCAUAUGGCUUCCGGAGUAUCUGGUCAUGGAGGACAACCUAGUCAGUCAGGAGCUUAUCGAGGAGGGCAGAGAGUCAAAUCUUCGCAUAGGCAGCAGAGGACAGCUCCCUCGGCACCAACUGCAUAUGACAUGCAUGACAGGAGCACUCCGGUGCCCUCAUAGUACCACAGAGUUUUGUUCCGGGCACAGUAUCCGACUCAGGGGCAGUAUUAGCCACAACCACUGGUCCAGUACCAGUCACAGCCCUAGUCGCUGGUCCAGUAUCAGUCGCGGUCUACCUAUCCGUCUCUGACUUAGUACCGGCAUCGUCAUAGUGGCAAGCUCAGACUCAAGCGCCGCAGCUUUUGGCAGCACUACCACCUCCACCACCACCAGAGACUGGACGUAUUCAUGCGGUUACCAGAGAGGAUGCACAGCGGGCUGACGAAUCCGUUUUCCACGGCUAUUGGGAUUUAUGAGCAUGUACCAAUGGGAUGGAACAUUGUCUCCAAGUGGCUUUAUCUUAGCUAUCCAUUACAGGCAGCAGGAUACCUAGCAAUCGAAAAUAUUUAUCAUCAAAAUGCAAGUGAGGAAGGAAGUUGCGAGGAAAGCAUAUCCAGGGACGAAGAGCCUUUUGAUGAGGCUACCUUGGUUCCAAGUAACAAAAAUGACAUGCAUAUCUAUGAUUACCACAUACUCUACAGCUUCACUUUCAGGGUUCCUGUUCUUUAUUUCCGUGGAUAUCAAUCUGAUGGUUGUCCUUUGAAGUUAGUUGACAUCGAGAAAGACCUGCCUGCUUACUCUCUCAAACUACUUAGGGAAUCAAAAUGGGCAUUCAUCACCCAGGAGGAUCAUCCUUAUCUCCAUCGACCAUGGUAUACUUUACAUCCCUGUGGUACAGGUGAUUGGAUGAAGUUUUUGCUUUGCAGUGAUGCUCCAAAUAAGAUCCCUCCUCUUCAUGGCUAUUUAUCUGCGUGGCUAUCAGUCAUAGGUCAGGUUGUUGGGUUGAGAAUUCCUAUUGGGUUUUUUAAAUCAGUGUAGAUGGUCUAUGGCUAUGACUGACAAAAACUUUGUAAUUUCACAAAAGCUUAUUAAUGCUAAAUUUUCACA